CUCUCUGCAAAGCAGUAGCUCGAGACUUUGAGUUCGUCGAAUGGCCCUGCAAACUGUAAGAAGUACGUAGAGCGGGCCGAGUCGAGUCGAGAGAAGAGAAGGCGAGAGAAUCGUCGGAUGGCGCAAGAUUCAGAGAAGAGGUUUCACUCGAUCAUGGACAAGCUGUUCCACUCUCCUCCGACCACUCCGUCGUCCAGCUUGCCUGGUUCGCAAUUGUCAAGGGGAAGGAAGCGCCCAAAUCCGGCUUCUGGAUUGGCAUUAGUUGAUGCCAUAUCGGGAGUCGAUGUGGAAAACGAGGUUCAGAUUUUACGGCCUCCAGCUGGAUCAUCCCAAGCUCCAGAAUGCAGACCGUGGGAUCGUGGCGAUCUUAUGAGGAGAUUAUCCACAUUCAAGUCUAUGACAUGGUUCGCCAAACCUAAGGCUGUAAGUGCUUUAAAUUGUGCUAGAAGAGGCUGGGUUAAUGUUGAUAUGGAUACUAUAGCAUGUGAAGCAUGUGGAGCACGAGUACUUUUUUCAACACCAUUAUCUUGGUCACGAGAGCAAGUUGAGAAGGCAGCUCUGGUAUUCAGCUUAAAGUUGGACAAUGGUCAUAAAUCACUCUGCCCAUGGAUUGACAAUGCCUGUGAUGAAUCUCUGGCUCAGUUUCCUCCCACACCACCUCCAGUUUUGGUUAAUCAAUUUAGGCAACGUUAUAUUUCUCUUUUACAACUAUUGGCUCUUCCCGUCAUAUCGUCCUCAGCUAUUCAAUCGAUGAUGAGCCCUCAACUGGAUAAUUUUCUUCGAGAUUUUUCUAUCUUGAAGUGUGAUAACGUGUCUCCUGGCUUGUCUUUGGUAAAAUACACUGGAGAUGGAUAUGAUCAGGACUCUUCUAUUCUGUAUUAUCAGGCAAUAAAACUCAUAUGUUUAUGUGGCUGGGAGCCUCGCUCAUUGCCGUACGUGGUUAUCGGCAAGGACACCAAUACUGCAGAUUCAUCAUGUGGAAUUUCUGAUAAAGAGAGCACACUUAUCUGUUGUGAUUCUACAGGGAACAAUAAUACUGCAGGGGCAAAUGAAAACUAUAGGGAUUUAAAGGACUCAUUAUUCGAUCCCGCAUCUGUGGUUCUGGAAUGCAAGCUUUGUGGUGCCAGCGUUGGAUUGUGGGCUUUCCCCGCAAUACCUCGACCUUUGGAGAUAUUAAGACUGGUUGGGUUAACGGAACUUGAUGAUGGGAAGAAUUCGAGUACCCAUGAAUCAGUCCAGGGAAACCUUAUUGAUAUUAGGACAAAUUUCUUGGACACAACAUCAAAUAGUCAAACUCCUUCAAAUGAGACGUCAUCAAACUUAAACUUGAGUAUUGCAGGGGGCCCGCCUCCAACACAGCAGAACUUCAAAGCUACAAUUUCUUUGCCUGUAAUUGGCAGGAAUAUUAUUGCUAGGUUGUCUUCUGAUUCUGAUCUCAGAAGUCGACUAUAUUCUGUUCAAGCUGAGAAUCAGUUGCUUUUGGAGGCCCCAACUUUGUGUGAGCAAAAUAAAGAGAGCACAGAAGAAACUGAUAGGUGUACAACUGAUGAGCAGCCUCCUUUGAAUCCUGACAUUACUGUCACAGGUGGAAUUGAUGCACAUGCAACGUCAGAAUCAGUUUCUUUGUGCAGUCAAGAAGUUUCAUCGGUUGCCCAUGCUGAGGACUUUGGAGAAGAACAGACAUGCUUUAAAGUGCAAAAUAACUCUUCCUCCGAAUCUAGUUGCCGGGAAGGGCAUGGAGAUGAUAAUGAAAAUGGAGUUCCUGCAAAGAAAGAAUUAGUAGCCUCUACCGCAGAAAAUAUUACCAAGCACCUAUCUGGGGAUGAAGGCAGGCAGUUUGAUCCAGUCAGACAGCAUAGACAUUUCUGUCCAUGGAUUUCACCAACUGGUGGUGCUAUGCCGGGAUGGCAACACACUCUAUCCGCCUUACACCGUGAAAAGGAUGUUUCUGAUUCUGUAACUACAAGAUCUCCUUCAUGGGAUUCCUUUAUCAAGGUGGAUGAUCCAGUCACCUCAGUGAGGAGGCUUUUCACAUCAAAACGAAUGAAGUCCACUCAUAGUUCAAGCUAAAGUCCUGAGCAUUGGCAGAUCAAUUUUGGAAGAUUUUAUGGUGAUGAUGGAGUGCCGUCAAUCCAUGAGUUAACUACGGGAAGCGUCAGCAGAUCACUCCAGAAAGGUUUUUCUCAUUUCUUAUGCAUGCCCAAAAUUGGAGGUGCUGCUCUUGGCAAACAUAGAUGAAAUGCUUGCUGAAUGUCCUUUCUUGGUCUAGCCCAAAGUCAAAUUGAGUGCUCAAAUGUCUUUACCUUACCCCUACUUUCUUGUGCUUUAAAUUUUUUGGCUGUUUAAAUAGCAAAGAACAUGAGUGGAUUCUCUCCUCUG